AUAAAUAAAAUGGAAAUGCCCGGCCGCACGCACGUUUUCACAAAUCACACAAGCGAAUCGCGCGCGAUGGAGGUGACGUUCGAGACGACGCAGGGUCGCCGAUUCACCGUCGAGAUCUGGUACUUGUCCACCGUGCGGAGGAUCAAGGAGUACAUCCUGAGGCAGGAGGGCAUCCCCGUGGAGUCCCAGCGCCUCUUCUUCCAGGGCCAGGAGCUCCAGGACGACCGCGACACCCAGCACUACCCCAUCGUGGAGGGAUCCCACGUGCUCAUCGUCCUGCCGGAUGACUCCCCCACCACCGCCGGCGCCGUCGUCCGCGUCGUCGCCUCCGGGCCGGCCCUCGGCCAGGGCCGCCGCAUCGUGCUCGAACUGGACGCGUCGUGCACCGUCGCCCGCCUCAAGGAGGUGCUCCAGGAGCGCACGGACGGGGCGGUGCCGGCCACGAUGGUGAGCGUGUUCUUGGAGAAGGCGGAGAUGGAGGACGACAAGGAGCUGGCGCAGUUCGACCCGCCGGUCGACGGGAUGGAGAUGGAGGUGCGCGUGGUCGCGCGCCAGCCGCCGCCGCCGCCGGCGUGCAACGACGGGAACGGGGCGGCCAAGGUUAAUAACAAGCUGCAGCAGCGGAUGUCUGUGGAGGUGAAGUGGGGCGCCAGGGCCGUGACGUUGGAGGUGAGCGACAUGGACGCCGUCAAGGAGCUGCGGGCGGAGCUGGGCAGCGGGGCGCCGCACCUCCUCCUGCCGGACGACGGCGCCUACUUCUUCAUCUACAAGCAGAAUGUCAUGGAGGAGGAGCGCACGCUGCGCUGGCACGACGUCAAGGCCGGCGACACCAUCGAGAUCUUCAACGGCAGGGUCACCGGAGGCGCUUGAUUCAUCGAUCACACACAUGCAUGUUCCGUCGAUCAGGUUUACAGAUCUGCAUUGACCAUUGUUGAGUCGUUAUGCUGCAUGGUACUCCACUCUAUCAUUUCUUUCGUGCAAAUUGGUGUAAUGUUGAGUUACCGAUCCUGAAGAAAAAAAUGAUUACGCCUGAA